UUCUUCCGGAAGGCGGGUGUCACGGGGCCGGGGCUCUGACCAAGCUUCCUGAGGGAGCGGGAGGGGUCGGCAAUCAUGUGACAGCGGGUUCCAGAGGAAGCGGCUGGAGCAGUCGGAGCUACCUGUGGUAGAGUUCAGCGGCGGCCUCGGCAGCCGGAGCCCGGUGUGGGGAUCGUCCCCGCUGGAGGAAGGGGCUCAUCAUGGCGGAUGUGAGUGAGACACCCCUCUCCCCCGGCGGGGCAGGGGCCACGAGGAGCGUAGGGAGGGAAAGAAGGGAUUUGAAGAGAUUCCUCUAUAAAAAAUUACCAAGUGUUGAAGGUCUUCAUGCCAUUGUAGUAUCAGACAGGGAUGGAGUGCCUGUUAUCAAAGUGGCAAAUGAUAACGCUCCAGAGCAUGCUUUGAGGCCAGCUUUCCUCUCCACCUUUGCACUUGCAACAGACCAGGGCAGCAAGCUGGGACUUUCAAAAAACAAAAGUAUCAUUUGCUACUACAACACAUACCAAGUAGUCCAAUUCAAUCGAUUACCUUUGGUGGUGAGUUUCAUAGCAAGCAGCAGUGCUAAUACUGGACUCAUUGUCAGCCUAGAAAAAGAACUUGCCCCAUUGUUUGAAGAAUUGAGACAGGUCGUGGAAGGUUCUUAACCUGACUGUGGCCUGCCCUUGGCCAUGUUGUUGUGAUCCCAAUGUGUUCAGUCCAGCGACUUCGACAUCAUCAAGUAAUGUGACUCCACACACUCAGAAAAGACAACUUCCCCAACUUACACUGAAGAAGAAGAUUGUAUUUAUUAUUUCCAAAUUGAAGGACUGUUAUGUUGGGUUUUAGUUUCAAUUCUUCUAUUGUAUGAUUUCUGGGGAGACCACUAAAAUGGUUCAGUCUAUAUCACAGCUCCCAUGGAGUUUAGCUCAGCCACCAAUUGGGGAUGAGAUUCUUUUCCAGUGGAUCAGAAUCAAAAUGGUCCCAUGAUCCACAUGAGCCACCCAAAGCUCCCCUGUUGUGUACAGUCUGUACAGGCCUGCAGGCCUUGCUCUGUAUAUGCUACUGCUUUAUUGUGAAUAAUAGAGAACUUAUUUUUGUGUGUGCCAUGUUGUAGGUCUGCACUGAGUGAGAGGAAGACAGCCUCUAACAGCAGUAAUAAACCAGUACAAUCACUAACUACCCCUGUUUAUGUCAUUGUAAGAGAGAGAUGUAAGAGAGUGUUACUAAUUGGUAUUUCUUUUUAAAGCACUGUAUUUCUAAAACCAAUCCAUUCCUUUAGAUUGACUUUUACACCCAGCUAUCCAUAACCAAUCAGUAUUUCGAUGUUUUCUCUUUGUACAAUUUAAGUGUGAAAAUCAGUAGCAAACUUUGGUUUGUUACAUUUCUAUGAAUCCCAUAACAUAGCAGUUCUUUUUCCUUUUCCUAAAAUAAGGGUUUAAAUAAAAUAGUAUUUUGUAAAAGUAUAGCUUGACUACUUAGUUGGGGGGAAGGGCCAGGAGAAGAAUGAGGCCCCCAUCUAGGGAUAAGAAGAUCAUAAAAAGAUUUUCUCCUUGUGGGACAGUGGCUGAGCCAUGAAUCUGACUGGUCUUAAGGCAAGAGGUGAUGAGGACCCAAACUAGGUUGGUUAUGGGGUUACUGGGAAGAAGGAGGCACCUGAUGGAGCUAUGACAUCAUGGAUGGAAAGUUUAGAGAAAGGAGGGCUAUGACUAGAACCUGGGCGGGGGGGGGGGGGGGCAGGACACAGAGAGGGUCAGCAUAGAGAGCAGGGGCAAAAAACUAAGGUAGGCCAAGUGUCCAAAAGACACUGAGCCUGAGGGAGGCAGUUAAUCACUCGUGCCUUCAGUGGUGUGAUGAGCUUUUGAUAGCCAGCACCUGAUCCCCACAGACCUUCCCAGAUGCAAUGUGAUGAUGUAAAGGAACUAUUGCAUCGUAGAGGACCAGUGUACUCUUAGGUCACUGAGCUGAAGAAAGGGAAGGAAAUCCAAAAAAUAGACCAAGAGUCUGAAGAAGGGGAGUCUGUUCCAAACGUGGGACAGGAGAAGAAAGAGACGGGACAUUGUAGUGAAUGCGCCUCUGUCAUAACUUGGCAGAAGCUGGGAUUACCUCAUUCUGCAGUAUUGUCAGCACUGAGCUUUAUGAGCUGGUGAAUCAGUCACCCAUUUUUUCAGGGGAGACCCUGAAUUCCUUUCUUCCUUUCUUUUUAAAACCCUUAUUUUCUGACUUAGUAACAACUCUAAGAUGAGGGCAAGGGCUAGGCAAGUGGAAUUAAGUGACUUGCCCAGGGUCACACAGCUAGGAAAUGUCUGGAGACCAGAUUUGGACUCAGGACUUCCAUCUCGAGGCCUGACUCUGUGCUACUUAGCUGUCUCAUGCUACCUGAAUUUCCCUAAUGAUGUUUUGUGCCAUGAUAGGGUUUUGUCUUUUGGAUACAUGUAGGAAAGUGUAUAUAUAAUGUUUGAUCAAUGGGAAAAUGCUCCCUUUCAUAUUUCAAACAAUGCAUGUCAUUUUAUAUUUGUAGAUACACAUACAUUCAUAUACCCUUACAUAAUUGAUAUAAUGUAUAUGUGUGUAUCUGAUUUUAAUGUAAAAGCUUUAGUAAGCUUCACUUGCUCUUAAGAUUUUUCAAACAUCGUGCAAAUAGAUAUACAUACAUAUAUAGCAUUUAAUGAAUGCCAAUUUAGUUGAAAUCAGGAAGACCUGGUUUCAAAUCCUGCCUGUGACACUGAGCUGUUUGAUCCUAGGCAAACCACUUAUCUAAGACUCAGUUUCCAGUAAAAUAGGACUCCCAGGUUGUCAUGACAAUCAAAUAGAUAAUGUCUGUAAAGUGCUUUGCAAACUCUCAAGCACUAAAUAAAUACCAGUUAAUUGUUUUUAUUA